UAUGGCGGACGAGGGAGAGCUUCGGUGAACUUGAGGUUUUUUCGGUGUAGUGCUCUCUGAUUUUCCGAAAAUAAAAUUAUAAUUACUGUCGUAGUGAGAGUCAUCUUCAAAGAAAGAUGCAUCGCUUUUGCAAGUUGGCAACAAUCGCGAGGAGACUAUGUAACAAUCUAGUAGACGUUCACGUUACUUCGAAUUCCAUGCGCAAGCUAACGCCGCCACAGUUUAUAAAGUGCUUGCCAAGAAGACAGAUCAGCUGCUAUAGAAGUUUACGCAGCAAUUCAGACAAUGAGAUUCACGAGGGAAAGGAUUACGACGAGAGACUGGCUAAAAUUAGAGCAGAAGAUGCAGAGAGCAGUAAACUUGUCCAUGUGAAUUUAACACCCAGCAAUGUCAAAGUAUCCCCAGCAUCUAUGUCAAAACACGUGGUCUCAUUUGAGAAAGCUGCCUCCUUAGGGAAAACUAAAGAGAACUUUGUGGGAGUAAUUGAUAAUUUUCUUGCUAGAGACCGGAGCAGGAGAGGUCAUAUGGAAUUUCUCAAGACAGCUAUGAAUUACGUGGAGGAAUUUGAUCUAGGGAAGGACGUUGAAGUAUACAACAGAAUGCUAGACGUGUUUCCCAGGGGUAGAUUUGACAACAGAACUCUGUUUGAUGCCAUCUGGGCAAAAAAGCAUCCCCAAGCUGAGCUGGCAUUAGACAUCUUGACACUGAUGGAAGACAACUGGAUCUCACCAGAUGAAACCACUUACGAUAUUGUACAUGAAAUUUUUGGCCAUGCAAGUCAACCUUUGCAAAAAGUUAAGAGGCUGGUGUAUUGGUAUCGUAAAAUGGAGGAAAUGUUUCCUAAUCCUUACCCAAAAGUUCUACCUGAAAGUGAUGCAGAGCUAAGCAAGCUGGCUCUUCUUAGAAUGACUAAAGACGAACAGAUUAUCACCAUCUACAAGGAUAAUGCUGAUGGUGAAGGCCAAGAAUUCUUAGUUGGUGCUCAGACAGAGCAACAGAAGAACAUUUUAGAAGGUUAUAACUCACACAAACCAAUGUAUGUUGAGGGACCUUUCUUCAUUUGGGUCCGUCGCCUUCAAAGAUACUUCUUGACACUGAGAACUGAUGCAGAGUUUGAUGAAGAGAAUGGUGAAGGCCAAAUUGUUGCAGUUUGCAUGAGCCAUGCUAAUGCCAGUGAAGAUUUGCUGAGAUCGUGGAUAACUAAUCUUCAAAGUGAAAAUCCUCAGUUGGCAAACAUCAGUGUCAUCUUUAAUCUUAACCAAACACCAAGAUAACAAUUUCAUCUGUUCUGUGCUCCGGUUUAAAUUUGUUUGGAAUGGCUCCUGUUGUGAAAGAUGGAAAUUUUAGUACUUUCUUAUUUCCUCUCAAAAAUCAUAGAAUCCCAGCCAAUGUAAUGCCUCCAAUCUAAUUAUACCAUUGAUGGGAAUAAAUUUACGGGGCAUACCGGUAAUGCUGUCA